AUGCCUGAAAGUCCAAAUAUUCUGCACAAGCUUAAGAAGUGUGCUGAGAUUUCGAGGGAAAUAGAGACGCAGGCCAACACGCUGAGUUCACUGAUUGAAAGACUCCAGCUAAAUGCUAUUGAUGGAUUCAGGCCCUACAUAAAUCCAAAGAGAAACAUCAGCAAGCUCCUGGCAUUCUACAACACAUUUAUAUCGACGAAGGAAGUAAUAGAGGAAGAGAAGUCGAAGAUAAACGAAGUAUUUGGAGAGUCUGAAAAAAGGUUUCUUCCUCGGGACCUGAAAAUGCUCCUUGAGAAGAAAACAAUGGAAUCUGCUAGGACGCUUGUUGACAUGGGAAAUGUACUCAAGGAGUAUGAGGGUGUCAGGAUUGUAGGUGUCGAGAUCAAUUCCCUGAACGAGUUUGUUGAAAAGACGAUGGAUGGGAUUUCCGAGUCAUUCUUUGUGUCGCUGAGAAGGUCUGGCGAAUACAAGCCUGAGUUCCGAGAGUUUGCAACCUUCCUUCUUUCGAGCUGCAACAAAAGAAGAUUUAUUAGCAAGUACACGGACACAGUUUACUCCAUGCUAGGGUUUGACGACAUUGGAACAAACGUGAAGACGCUGCUGGAGAGAACAACCAACCUAGACAAGUUUCUGCUGGAUAUUAUCAAAAUGAACAACAGCAUACUUGGGGAAGAGAACUCCGAGGUUACGAAUAUCGGGCUGCUAAAAAUGUUUAUGAUUGGACUGAAGAGAGUGAUAGCGGACAACCUUAUGAAGAUGGAGAAGGAGGAGGACAUCUUCAAUGUGCAAUUUCUGAUAAUGCUGAACAAUCAGCUCAACUACUCUGGUGACAAGAGAAUCCAGGUAGUGGAGGAGCUUUAUGUGUUUAAGGACAGCAUACACAAGAUUAUGUGCAACAGCAUUCUUAGGUACUUCGAGGACCUAGACAUGCUGAUGGAGCCCGACAAAAACCAGGGCACAGAAAAGCUGUGCUUAAAGAUGAAGGAGGCUCUGGAUGCCUUCUAUGACCACAGGGAUGUCUCUGAGGUUUUUGCAUCGGAGUAUGGAAGGGACUUUGGGCUGGAGACUUCCCAAGACAUCUUUGAGAAGUUCAGUGCCAGGACAGUUGAAAAGAUAUUGGUUUUGGCAGAGACUCUGAGGGGAAUUUCAAAGUCUGUCUAUACCAUAAACAAUGUCUAUGUGUUUCGUAAUUAUCUGAAGAGCAUUGAAGGGAUUCCAAUAGAGAAGAUGAUUGAGGUGAAUCUCGAAGACAUUCUGGGUGUAUGGAAAAAGGAGAUUUCGAGGAGAAAGGAAGAGGACAUCACUCUGUUUCUCGACAAGAACAUCGAAAGCCAGGGGAGGUAUCGCCUUCCCAAGGAGCUUGGUGAAAGACUUGCCGGCGAUAUCGAGAAUGCUGUCGAAGAUGCUCUAAGGAACAAGAAGUACACGGGGGAUGACGAAAGCCUGAGAAAUAACAUCCUGAAGCUUUACCAGGGGGCCUAA